UAGGGCCUUUGGGUCAGGACUGUUUCCUAUCCACCCCUCCCGUGCUUUUUGACGAAAAAGUGGAGAAUGUAACAGUUAUUGGAAUAUCCCAUGCGCCUGUCUGCAGGGGAGAAGUCAGCCGUAGCCUGCAAACUGGAUGUCAGUUGCUAACAAUAUGCCUACCUUGGACCAGGGACAGCUGUUAAUCAGGGAAAUGAGAGAGGAUGAAGCCCCCAUUGUUUUGGAACUUCUGAAGGAUGGAUUCAAGGAUACAGAAAACCGCUUGAUACUUUAUGUGCUGACACGGCCUCUAGCCUUAUUACUGAUGGCAGUUGUGAGCAGUGGUCUACGCUUCUUCCUGAACUCCUUUGUAGUGGCCCUUGUGCUGCCAGUACUCCUCACUGUGGUGGCUCUGAAACUUCUACUAUGGCGCUCACCAGACCUUAAACACUUGCAUGCCUAUUAUAGUGCAAGCCAUCGUGGGUUGUGGGUUGCUGUUUAUGAUGAUGAUGAUGUGUGUGGCUGUGUGGCUUUGGAGCCUCUUAAUAGAGAGCCACACACUGCUGAGCUCAAGCGAUUGGCUGUCAGCCGAUGGUACAGGCGCUCUGGUGUGGGUCGGUGCCUCCUUCAUUUUCUAGAGGCACAGGCUCGUGCACGGGGCUUCAAAUUACUGGUGGCCCAGGUCUCUGUGGUGGCUAAAGCUGCUGUUGGUCUCUUUGAGAACACUGGCUAUAGUUUGAGUGGUGGGCGCCCAUGGUUGGGUUACACUGUUCAACAAGAGUUCAUCAAAGAACUUUAGAACUGCAUCUACUAGUUUGGUACAAAGUUGUUAGACAAGAUAGCAUGUUUUUGAAUGUUGUUGUUCUUGAACAAAUAAAACACAGAGUUUCAGAAACAGGCUCUAGCUAAAACAAAGCAUUCCAGUUUCUAAGCAGUAAUUUACUAUUAACAACGAAGUGUGGCUGCAAAGCAAAUCAGGAUAAAGGAUUAUUUGUGCCUUCUUCCCCGUCUGGUAUAGUAAUCAAACUGUCAUUUGGGAUUUCUGUUCCACAUUAUUCACUGAUGUUAGAAACAGGAAUUGAGGCUCAUUUCCUGUGUGCUUUUUUGGGGUCAGAGUAACUUCAAAUUUUUUACAAAGUUGAAGAGCAAAUUCUAACAAUUGAGAAAAUUUGUGCACAUGUGUGUUUGUGAAUAUGCAUACAUAUACCCAGAGGAUUGUGUGUGUAUGUAGACGUGCACAUAUUUUCUCAAUGUAUAUACACAACAAACACAUGCACAAAUUUUUUCACACACACGCACGCACACACACACACAGAAUAUACCAACAGUCAGGUCCCAUAGAAUAUUACAUAAAUUACAUAAAUUGUUCAACUUGCUUGCCUUUUUUUCUAAACCCUUUCUUACUUGAGGCAUGACUUUUGAACACUCCUAAAUAUUGUAAAAUUUUCCUUGGGAGGAAAAAACUGAAACAUAGAGAUUGGCUUAUAGGGCCUGAUGUUUGCAACAUCCUUUGUAUAUAUAUAUAUAUGCUUCUCUAUGAAUUCACUUCAUAUAACAGAAGGUCAUCAGAAAAUUAUUGUUCAAGUAGCCUUUCAGAAUACAUAGAUGAGGAAUUUAUAUGACAAAUUCAUAUCUCACCUGCCUGAAUGCAUAGGGCUUGUCUGGCUUUUACUAGGUUAUUGUGUAUUUUCUUUGCAAAUUAUUGAUCAGGAGAGUAAAUUCCCAGCAGUUCAGUUUCUUACAUGAGUUAAGGAAAUAUGUUAAGCAUUUUGUAGUCCCUUGAUGCCAUACAACAAUGAUAAAUCUAAUCAUUUGCAUUCACUACUUAAUGUAUUUUCAUUCAUUCCCUCUCUUCUGUCAGCUGGUAGUGAAUUUAUGGCCAAGUUUUCUAAAUCUGUAUUUGCAUGUUUAGGUUGGAAUAUAUUCUCUGACCCUAGUUCUUAGGGUCAGAGAAAUUAAGUGGUGCAUUCUCUAGCCAAUUAAAGUUUCACUUUUAUUUUAUAAAUUCAGUAAAAUUGAUUUAAGAAAAGAGAAACAUUUUUAAGAUGAGAUUUUAGAAGUUCUUUUAUACAUUCUGAUAAAAUAUAUUUCAGCUAUAUUGGGGGAAUUGAACAUGAUCCCUGUAGUUCAGAUUAGUUUAAAUUGUGCACAUAAAAUGGUUGAACUACUAUAGGAUGAGGAUGUGAAUAGUAUUGUUGGAAAUCAUGAAUCUAAGAGCAUAGAGGUAUGCUCCUGUCAUGGAAACUAGUUUAAAUCAUAUAUGUUCAUAUAAUUUGAGUUUUCACAGAAUUUGGAGAUAAUAAAAACUGGCUUGAGGUCAUUUUUUAAAAUGAUACGUGUUAAACAUAUGUAAUUCAUGUUGCAUAUCCCUUCUUCAUCUAGUGUCUUUUGAAGAAAAACUGGUGAGUGGAAUUUUAUACGUAGAAAUGUAACUGGAUAAGAAACACAGUAUCGGACACAAAAGGAUUAAGAGAACACACAUUUGAAUAGUCUUUAAAAGCUUAUUUUUUCUUAGGACAAGCUAAUAAAUGUUCUGGCAUUCAUGUGCAUGUAACAUAGUUCAGUGCACAAAUUAGCAAACAACCCAGACUCAGUUUGGUUCUACAUUGUCAUUUUUCUGACACUCAAGCUGGGUUGACUACCAAUCUAUUUAGGGCUUUAUUAGCCUAGGCAGGAAGUUGAUUUUAGAAAUUCUUGCCUAUAUUCUGGUUCACAAAUGUAUCUUCCUCCAGAUGUUUUAACCAAAAGAAUUCAAAAAAUGAAUGAAUCAUUGUCUGUACCCAACUUCCAUCAUACUGAACUAGAUUUCCAAACUCAUUAGAUAUACAUCACAAAAGUAUUCAGUGGAAUGAAAAUUUUUUAUGAUCAAUCCAAAUGCUUUGUAUAUACAUUUUAUUUUCUUUUUUCUUGCUAGAUUUUUUCCUGCAGGUGCAGUCUGCAUUUUUAUGAUCAAUAUUGAUCUGUUGGUUUCAAGAAAAGUUAACUGGCUUGCCGUCUGAGCCUGACAUCAUGGGCUAAGGGAGACUGACUGGUUCAAAGUCACUUAGGCCAGCUUUCAUGCCUAAAGCAGAACUAUAAUUCAGAGUCUCCUGGUUUCUAAUCAGGAGCUUUAACCAUCGGCUCAAACUGAUUCUGCACAUACACACUCAGUGAAAUAUUGUGACUGGGGGUAGAGGUGAUGUCUUUUAAUUUGAAGUACCCCAUCAUUAGGAAUGCAGCGUACAAAGAUGUGUUACAUCUGUGACAGCCAAGUUAUUGGAAACUGAGUUAUAGUUGUUGGGAUCAACAUGUCUUGCCUUUAUUACGGUAGUGACUUAAGGGGUGGCAAUUUAUUUUUUAUAAUAGGAGAAAAACAUCAAACCUAUUCACCAUGUUAGGAAACAUACAGAGAUCAAGAGAAAAAGUCAGAUAUAAGAAUACUAGACAUGGAUCCUCUUACCCAAUAUUUCUAUAUACUUGGUUUUCCCUUUAUGCUCUAACCAGAUGCUCUGUUCUCAUUGGAAUCUACUUUGUACUGAUGGAAAUUUUGCCUUUUAAAAAUAUUGAUAAACUCUUAACUCUCGCUAGUCCCCAAUUCUCACCCCAUAAAUCCACGUGGGAGUUAGCAACAACUGUGGAAUCUUCUAUUUUCAUUAUUUCUCAUUCUAUCUAGUCUGCUUUAAUUUGAUGCACUAUAUUUUUAAUGCUAGUCCUCACUAUAUUUUUGAAAAGGCUUGUCUGUAUUUUUGAUAGAUGUGAAUAAAAGUCAGGUAUAAUGUUGCAGAAAUGUGAUUUGUGAAUUACUGAGAGUAACUUGCU